ACAGACAACCGAAGACAGACGGACAGGACAGCAAUCGAAGUAAUUUUCCAGGCAACAGAAAUUAUCAACUUUUUCGCUAUACCUAUCUCAGUUUUGGACAAUUAUUACCGUUAAGUGUUUGUUCGCUUUGUUCGUUAAACCGUACAGCUAUUUAUUAUCAUAUUACAACUGUGGAAAGUGUAUCCUGCGUCGGAAAGGUCCCGUUUCAUACGGGAUAUUUUCAGCUCUCGGAUCUAGACUGAAGAAGCUGGGCAGAUCCAAACAGAAAUCCACUAGAAAAGGUUGCACCACUACAAGUGAAUUCCAAGAAGCAAAAGUAUUUAAAAUUGGUUUCGAUCGUGCUGCUAGGAAAAGAUUGAGUUUUUGGUUGUUUGUGAUUAAUCUAAACUUCCUGUUGUUGUUUUUGUGCGGUAGAAGACGUAGUCUGAAAGUUGUUCGGUUCACAGUGCAAUAAAGAUUUUUGUAUGCUUCGGCAACCGAGAUAAAUACUAACUGGAAACUGAGGCGCAGUUCGAAAUCAUGCCAACGUUCGUCUAAAGUGUGUGACUAUCCGCAACAGCUGUGCUUUAUUCGUGCCACUCCGGAUGUGGGUGGCCGCCGUCGGCUACCUGAGUAGUAUGGUCCAGUCUGGCGUGAACUGAAGCAAUCGUUGUAUCGCCAGAUUGGUAUAUGUUUCGAGCGGCGGAGAGAAUAGCCUGUUAGCAAGAAUGCGUAUCGUUCUAUUCAUAGCCAUGGGUCUGGCGUUAUUGGCCGUCGAGUUGGAAGCUUCAUUAGCCGAGUCCAGUGGAUUAACGUGUGAGACGUACGAUUGCAAGGAUGGCGAUUGUACGGUAGGAACCGAAUCUUGCGAGGAGGGCGAUGCUGAUAAGCCGGUUGGCUGUUUCGUAGUUUGGAGCACCAACAAUGUCACGAAUGAAGUGAAGGUGACGAUGAAAGGUUGCUUCCUAAAUCCAACCGAUUGCAACAACACCGAGUGCGUUGAUACGUCCCUAGGCACUAAGAAUAACCUGAACUAUUGUUGCUGUCGGGCGAACAUGUGCAACCGGGAGCACAAGUGGAUCCCAGUAGUCACUAAACCUCCGGACGUGAUUCACCAAGCUACUAAUGAAUCAAAUAUCUUUGUAAUUGUUGCCUCGUUUAUGACUUGUGUGAUAAUACUUGUUGGACUGGUAUUCGCACUAUUCUGGCGUCAUCGGAAGCAGUCGAUGUUCAACGAGAUACCGACGAUCGAACCGGAAAUUACCAGCUCUUCCCCAAACAUAGCGUUGAGGCCAAUUCAGUUGAUUGAAAUCAAGGCUCGAGGUAGGUUCGGAGUUGUUUGGAAAGCUCAGCUGAUGUCCCAGGAGGUUGCUGUUAAAAUAUUCCAGACGCAAGAAAAGCAAUCUUGGAUCACCGAACAGGAAAUUUUUAAAUUGCCACGCAUGAAUCAUCCCAACAUUCUGCAGUUUAUUGGUUGUGAAAAGCGGGUUGAUCUAAGCACAGACUUUUGGCUGAUCACAGCCUAUUGCCAGCACGGGUCGUUGUGUGAUUAUCUCAAAUCGCAUACUGUCACCUGGCACGAGCUACGCAUCAUUGCCGAGAGUAUGUCACGUGGACUGAUGCAUUUGCAUGAGGAAAUUCAAGGCAGUAAAACGGAGGGCCUGAAGCCGUCGAUUGCACAUCGCGAUUUCAAGAGCAAGAAUGUUCUGCUUAAGGACGACUUAACGGCUUGUAUUGCUGAUUUCGGACUGGCACUUAUUUUUACACCUGGCAAACCUUGCGGAGACACUCACGGCCAAGUCGGAACGCGUCGUUAUAUGGCACCGGAGAUUCUAGAAGGCGCAAUCAAUUUCACACGCGACGCAUUUCUUCGAAUUGACGUUUACGCCUGCGGUCUGGUACUGUGGGAGCUGGUUUCACGUUGCACGGCGCAUGGUGGCGCCGUUGAUGAAUACCGACUACCGUUCGAAACCGAGCUUGGCUCGCACCCCACACUAGAGGAAAUGCAGGAGAAUGUCGUGACGAAAAAGUUGCGUCCGCGAAUUUGCGACCAUUGGAGGAAUCACAAUGGCCUCAACGCGCUGUGCGACACAAUGGAGGAAUGCUGGGAUCAUGACGCUGAGGCGCGUCUUUCCUCUUCGUGCGUGAUGGAGCGAGUUUCCCACCACGGUCGUUAUCAGCCGACUACGCCACUGCUUAUAGAAACCAACACUACCAAUGACCUGCCGCCGAAGGUUGUUUCCGAAAGUGUAUAGAAAAACGAACGACAGCAGCGGCAAACAGCAGCGUUCUCCACUCUGCAGGGGGUGUGCAGGUAUAGUGUUGGAAAUCUGAGAGACGAUAUGAUUUUUAAUAGCUACUUGUCACUGACCCUGUUCUCUAGUACUCGAUGCAGGUACUACAGCGAUAAGUUUAUCAGUUUGAAUUUUAAAACAGACACAAGCGUUCUUCCUAGGUCGACGAUAGUGAGAUCAAAUGUCCGGACUGAGCAUAACCGCGAAGAAGUACAUAUGCAAACUUGUCGCUCAGGGAUGCUAUUUUAAGAUGUAAUGUUACAAGUCGCACUGCAGCAAUUGUAAUAUUUGUUUGGAGUUUUUUUUAAUUAUAUCAAACUUUCUAAGAGAAAAAAAUCGUUUAGUAUACAGAAGUUUGUUUUCUGGAUAGAGGCCUUUGAAAUCGCAAGCGAUUAGCAGUAGCAUAGUUUUGGACUGACGUGAAUAAGUAUCCAAUGAGGACUAGAACAGAUUAUUGUAGUUUAAAUUGUAACGAAGUGGUCGAAUCAGCAGCACGAUCUAUCAUUCGAGAAAAGCUAACAAUUGAAAAAAAAAGCUUGUAAGCCGCAUUAUUUCAAAUUAGAUUUAUUGAUCGUAUCAUUUACUAAACAAACCAGUGUGUAAGGUAGGUUUUACACAACCACAAAGCGACUGCUGGUUGCGUAAUAAGAUAUAUUUUUAUAAGAACUUUCCUCCAAUAUAGUACUUGUAUGCCAUGAUUAGGUUAUAAUAAACUUAUAAUAUAUAAUAGACGUACGUAGAAGUUA